UAUCCGAGUUUGAGAGAAGCUUAUCUUUUCAGAAGAAGAAGAGAUCUUUCACUUUUGGCUUCUCCGUUCUCGUCUCGAUCAAACUCGUUUGCAGAAUUUCAGGGAUUCGGAUCAGUUCAAUUUCAAGUGGUGUUACUCAUGGAUCAGGCGGAGCUGAGUAUAGAGCAGGUAUUGAAAAGGGACAUUCCAUGGGAGACUUACAUGAACACUAAGCUUGUUUCAGCUAAAGGUCUCCAGCUCUUAAGGCGCUAUGAUAAAAAACCUGAAAGUGCCAGGGCACAGUUGCUCGAUGAAGAUGGUCCAGCUUAUGUUCAUCUGUUUGUUAGCAUCUUACGUGAUAUAUUCAAGGAAGAAACUGUGGAAUAUGUUUUGGCUUUAAUUUAUGAAAUGCUCUCAGCAAACCCAACACGAGCUCGAUUAUUCCAUGAUGAAUCUUUGGCAAAUGAGGAUACUUAUGAGCCUUUCUUGAGGUUGCUGUGGAAGGGAAAUUGGUUCAUUCAAGAAAAAAGCUGCAAGAUCCUUGCCUGGAUAAUAAGUGCUAGGCCAAAAGCUGGUAAUGCUGUUAUUGGUAAUGGAAUUGAUGACGUUCUCAAGGGGUUGGUGGAAUGGCUUUGUGCUCAGUUGAAGCAACCUUCUCAUCCUACUCGUGGUGUUCCAAUUGCAAUCAGUUGCCUGUCGUCACUGCUUAAGGAACCUGUCGUCAGAUCGUCAUUUGUUCAGGCAGAUGGGGUGAAGUUACUUGUCCCUUUUAUAUCUAAUGGAAUACCUAAUUCAUGUGAUUUGUGUGCUUUCGACCAACAGCUUCUGUAUGAAACAUGUCUCUGCGUCUGGCUUCUGUCCUAUUAUGAACCUGCAAUAGAGUACUUGGCAACAUCGAGGACAAUGCAAAGGCUCACGGAAGUGGUUAAGAACUCGACUAAGGAAAAGGUUGUCAGGGUGGUCAUAUUGACAUUCAGGAACCUGCUUCCAAAAGGUACAUUUGGUGCCCAGAUGGUUGAUCUUGGACUCCCACAUAUUAUCCAGAGUCUAAAAACACAAGCAUGGAGUGACGAGGACUUGCUGGAUGCACUGAAUCAACUAGAAGAAGGGCUAAAAGACAAGAUCAAGAAAUUGAGUUCCUUUGACAAAUAUAAGCAAGAGGUGCUUCUUGGCCAUCUUGACUGGAACCCAAUGCACAAAGAGGCCAAUUUCUGGCGUGAGAAUGUCACAUGCUUUGAGGAGAACGACUUCCAGAUACUAAGGGUCCUCCUCACAAUCCUGGACACGUCAAGUGAUCCCAGAUCAUUGGCGGUUGCAUGCUUUGAUAUCUCACAGUUCAUACAGUACCAUGCAGCGGGAAGAGUGAUCGUAGCAGACCUCAAGGCAAAAGAACGAGUGAUGAAGCUGAUGAACCACGAGAACACUGAGGUGACCAAGAACGCUCUCUUGUGCAUUCAGAGGCUUCUCCUUGGUGCCAAGUACGCUAGCUUCUUGCAAGCUUGAUGGGACUUGCAUGUUUCUUUCAAUAUAAUGGAAUGCAACCAAACACACACAGAUUGUGUUUCCUUUUUUCCCCUGUCCAAAACAAAACGUGCUUCAACAAAACGUUCUUUUCUUUCGAUUCUACACAUUCCAAGACCAUCUGUUUAUUAUUUGUCCUGGAGUCUCUGCUAUUGUAUGUCUAAAUAAUUUCUGGGUUGUGUUUUUUGUAUUUAUUUAUUCAAUAAAGAGGAAGAAUGCUAUUGUUGCAAGACAAGACACUUUUGGGCCAACAUGGAGAUGAGAUUACCUUUGAUUUA